AUGCGACUAUCAAUUUUUGCAUCUUUUUUGUCAAGUUUUGUACAAGCAAGUGGAGAGAAUUUAUGCUUAGGAGAUGCUGAUAAGGGAGCAACUACGAUUUCUCUCUCCUCCGACGAGAGCUUUUGCCGUCUUCGACCCCGCGAUGACGCUCCCCACAAGGUCCGUCUGAAGAUGGCAGGUCUUUCCGAUACAUCGUCGUGCACAGAAGACGAGGAUCGCAUUUUCAUCACGUCCAACGGCUCACUUUUGGGUCCGCUCUGCCCCAAAGUCCACGAGAAGCACAUUCUCGACUGGUUCGGUAGGGAAGACGAGGAUGAACAAAGCAUUUACGACGCGAUUUUCGAUGCGACGGAAACGACGAUGAUUUUCGUCCCGGGGAAUAAGGUCGAAGCUAAUGGCCAAAAAGUCAUGAUCACCGUGGCUUGGGAAAAUAUGUCUGCAAGACCUGCUUCGUCUCCCAGACAGCCAAAAUCCAUUGGAUCGAUGAUGGAAGAGCCCUCUGUUUCUCCAGUGUCUCUUUGUCCAAUUUCUACCUUCGCUUCUGACUUCAUUCGGACUGCAAAAGCCAAGUUGGCAAAAGAACCAAAGAAAAUCGUCAGAAAAAUGGGAAUCAAGCUCACUGAGCUUUACGAAAACUUCGAGGAGGAUCAUCGCGAUUUCUGUCAAGAAGACGCGCUGAAGGUCAACUGCGAUAUUUUUGAAGAAAAUGAUGGAGGGUCGCAGCUUGGAAUCUUCACUGCUCUAAGUGAGAUAGUCAAGCACAUAAGCCCUGAAUGCUCUAGCACAUUUGUGAACGGAUUGAAAGAUGAUCUUGAAGAAUUGAGAGAGCUUCUUGGCUUUGAAAAGAUUGAAGAAACAACUGAGUUUUUGACGACGACAGAAGAUUUCACAACAACUACACCUUAUACAACAACAGAAACAACACCAAUUCUAAUCACAACAACAUCAUCAGAACUAACAACUACUUCCACUACAACAACUACAACAACCACAACAUCAACAACAUCAACAACCACAACAACAACCACUUCAACAUCAACAUCGACAUUAACCACUACAACUUCGACAACAAGUACGACUACAACUACAACAACUACAAGCACCACAACAACUACCACAACUGCACCACCUACCUCUACAACUGACUACACCACUUCAACAACACAAACUACCGACUACACCACAACCGACAGCUACACCACCACAAACUCACAAAGCACAAUAAGCACCAAUGCACCAACAACCAUUCUUCCCACGGAAAUCACAACACAACCUCUGCCGUACUCAUCGAAAAUACGCGAAUCCAGUGAUUUUAGCAGGCCCUUAGCAGUUUCCCGAGGAGACUCGAUUCUUUCAGACAAAAUGUGCAAAAUUCGAAAUAUGCCAGAACGAUUCAACACCAUCUUCAGCGCCAGAGCAAAUGAACUUCGACCGAAAGAUAUGAAAAUUGUCAAGAGAGCAGUUGUGACAAUAUCCAAAAGUUUCAAGUAUUGCGAUCGAAGUCAUGUGCUUUGCGACCUCAUCGACUUGAAUCGAAAAAUGCACGGUUGUCAGCUGAUCAAAUCUCUUACCAACAUGAUGGACUACCUAGCUGCCGAAGGAACUUGCGAAGUCGACUGGCUCAAUGAUGUUGCUUCCAAAAUUGAGAGUGCUCAAAUGGUCUUUGGAGAAGACUCCAUGGAGAGCUGCCUGGGAACUGAUGAAAACUGGGAUUUGAGGGAGCUGAAGGAAAUGGAUGAGGAUUUCUUUCGGGGAGAGAAGAAAACUCUUCAGGAAGCUUUGGCAGAAGUUUCAAAACGACAGCUGCCGCUAAACCAUAGAUCUUGGGUUUCGAAGAUUCGUCUCACCUUGAAAUCCGCUCUUGCCGCCCUUGGAAACAAGGAAGACACCCUCAUCAUUUCCGACAUUGAUAUCUGCGCCGUCUCGGUCGAGCAAUUGGAAGCUCAUGCUGGAACCAUCUUUACUCGCUUUCUCGACUCCGUCCGGGGGGACUCUGGCGCUUCGGAAGAAGCGGUGAAAACGAUGAGCGGAAUGAUGGCAAGAGUUCUUCGAAAGUUCCGACAAAAGAAUCGAAACUCACAGGAAAUCAAAGUCGAAUGCAACGACUUGAGAGUCCAGAGAAGUCUGAGGACCAAUUUUAUUGACAUGGCGGACUCGGUCUAUCGAAUGAUACGAUUGAACAACCAUCCUUGA